AUGCACCUUGAACUCCCCCCGCCUCCCAGGCACCUAAAAUCUCCUUGUGCUGAGGGAUACCGUACUCCAACAAUCGAGGACGCAGAAAAGGUCUUGACCAACGGAAGUGCAGGCCUUCAGCCAACAGGCUCGCGAGUGCGUGAGGCUCAUUCUUCAGCGCUGGAGUCUACGCAUGGCUCCUAUUAUCGCGCAUACAGUGGCGCCGACGUGUCUUUGACCAGGACAAUAUCCGAAUCCACUGGCGGAAAGCUCAACUGGAAGAAACGGAUACGGCACUUUACUUGGGCGUUCUUCACUUUGACUAUGGCCACAGGUGGCAUUGCCAAUGUUAUAUACACCAUUCCUUAUAGAUUUCAUGGCCUGGAUACCAUUGGGAUUAUCUUCGUUCUCAUGAAUAUAGUCUUCUAUCUCAUAAUCUGGGCUAUACUACUUACCCGGUUUUACCUGUUUCCGUACACUUUCAAAGCAUCUCUGUUGCAUCCCACGGAGUCACUGUUUGUCCCAGCGUCGGUAGUCUCGUUUGGGACGAUCUUGAUCAACAUUUCGCAGUAUGGCACUGAUAAUACUGGUCCGUGGCUUACGGAUGUCGUUCAUAUUAUGUUUUGGAUUGAUGCUACCCUGGCUGUUAUUUCCUCCGCCGGGAUCUAUCUCCUUCUGUGGUCAACGCAGACAUUUACCAUAGCGCAAAUGACGCCGAUCUGGAUCUUCCCAGCCUAUCCUAUGCUGAUCAUCGGACCUCAUGCCGGGCUUCUGUCUGCCAAAUUGGAGCCUUCUCGAGCAUUGCCCAUCAUUGUUGGAGGUACAACUAUCCAGGGAGUGGGCUUCUUGGUGUCGCUCAUGGUCUAUUCAGCCUUCAUUUACCGGUUGAUGUCUCAGAAGCUACCAAGGGAGAACAUUCGACCCGGGAUGUUUGUCUCUAUUGGCCCGAGCGCUUUUACUGUAGCGGGUCUUGUGAAUAUGGCUGCGCAGGCGGACAACGUUUUCCCAGAUGACUUCAUGGGCGAUGGCGCCUUGGCCGCCAAUGUCUUGAGGAUAGUGGUUAAUUUUGCUUCCUUGUGGUUAUGGGGUCUUGCAUUAUUCUUCUUCUUCAUUGCAAGCUUUGCGCACUUGUCAGCUAUCGGCCCUGGCCGAAUGAUCUUCACGAUGGGUUGGUUCUCGUUUGUUUUCCCAAACACUGCUUUGAUCACUUCGACUUUUGCCGUCGGAAACGCAUUUUCCUGCAAGCCGAUCCUAGUUAUUGGAUGCGUCAUGGUCAUCCCUCUCAUCCUGAUGUGGAUAUUUGUUGUCUAUAUGAUGAUCCGCGCUAUCAUCAUCCGUCACAUCCUCUGGCCGCAAAAGGGCGAAGAUAAAGAUGAAGGAGGAUUCGAAAUUAAUGAGAUCAGACCCGGCACACUCGGAGAAGAAAUCCCAGAAUAG